GCAUCAUGUUCCCCUCCCUCUCCUCCCUCCCCUACCUGCUCUGUUUCCAGGUAUUGUGUACCUGGUGGGCAUGGUCAGGUCGAGUCCCGCCCCUCCUCUUCAGGUCAGUGUCAGUGAUGUCACUGCUCUACAGCUCCUCCCACUUCCUGCUCCUGUACUGCUACCAGCUACCCUCCCUGCAGGAGGCGUGGCCUCCCAACCGCACCUCCGCCAGCGUGUUUGGCCUGGUGUCGGUGGUGUCGGCAGACUGCAGCGCCCCCUGGAGGCUGCAGCUGAACGCCGAAUUGCGCUGGUUUCACAUCAGCAGCACUCUGAUGCUGCUGCUGCUCUACAACACGGUGGCCAGUCUGUGGAGGAACCAGGUGAUUGAUGGUGGGGGGGGGCGUGGCCUAGAAAAGGCAGAGUCAGCGAUCAGCAGGAGCUGUGACAUCAUCACCACCACCAGCAACCUGAGUGAUGAAGUCAGCGGCAACCUGACGGCCGAGAGAAGGCGAGAGCUGUGGAGGAGAGCGCACGAUCACCCCGAACGCAGAGACGCUCUGACAUCAUCCACCAAUGAAAGUCUGUCUGAAUCUUUUGCCCUGGCCACUCAGAGCACAGCCCUCGGAUUGGAUGUUUCCUCCACGCCUCAUUACUCUCUCAGCCAAUCAGACACUUUGGAGACAUGUGUGUUUGACGGAGAUGGAUGGGAGGACGAGGAGAAGGAGGAGCAGAAGGAAGCGGCAGCGAGGAGGCGGGUUGAGGACGGUGCCAGUGCUGCCUCCAUGGCAUUCAGCUUCUUGCUCAAACAGAGUUACAUCUGCGCCCUGAUGGCCAUGAUGGCGUGGCCCAUCACAUACGUGUCCUGGCUGACAUGUGUCCUGCUGUUGUGGUCAUGUGUCCUCUGGAUGAUGCGAGAGCGCCGGCGCUACACGCUGAUGUCAUCGCCCUGGCUGGUGGUCUAUGGCAACCUGCUGGUCAUCCUGCAGUACGUGUACAGCUUCCCUUCCAUCCAGGAAGUCCCGGGACUGUUCCCAAAAAAAGACGAGCCCUGCAGAGAGCUCGCCUCAAAGUUGUUGUGUCUGCUGACCUUCUGGCUGCUGCUGCGUCAGGCACUGACUGAGAGGACAGACAGACAGAGGGACAGACAGGAAGACAUACAGCUGUCUACCAUCACUGUCCACAUCAAGGAGGAGCAGAGUGUGGAGGAAGCUCUGCAGGAGAAGAAGGAGGAGGUGUCGUAUGAGGAGGUCCUGCUCCUCCAGAGAGGAGGCGGGGUUCAGAUGGAGGCUCUGGUUGCUGUGGUUACCAGGAUGUUUGUUAAAUACUGGAUCUACGUCUGUGGAACAAUGUUCUUCUUCGUUAGUUUCGAAGGAAAAAUUGUCCUUUACAAAGUCAUCUACAUGGUCAUGUUUCUCUGCUGCGUGGCCCUCUACCAGUUAAACUACGAACGUUGGCGUUCCUUGCUCAGGGGUUUCUGGGUAGCCGUGGUGGUUUACUCCAUGCUUGUUCUCAUCCUGAUCUACACCUUCCAGUUCCCCUCGUCCCCCCAAACCUGGAGCUACUACACUGGACUAAGCACUCACAGGUUGGAGGAUGUUGGUCUGGAGAAAUUCUCGGUUCCUGUCCUUUUCACCAGGAUCUUCAUCCCUGCUGCGUUCCUUUUGGUGUGCAUCGUCCACCUGCAUUACUUUCAUGAGCCCUUCUUGCAACUUACAGACCUAAAGACAGUGGUGGACACUCACAACAGCACAAUCACCAGACUGGUCCACUCUGAUGGCAGCUUGUAUGACCUGUCGCUGGGAGAAGCUCCUCAUCUUCUUCUGCAGGAGGACAGGAGCGGAGGACAGAGGGACAGAGAGGAGGAGACAGAGGACAGGUGGAUGAAAGAGGAGACGGAGGACGAGUACCCCUGCACAUUUGAGAGGGAAACCCUGUCUGACCACCUGAAAGUGCUCGUCUCCUGGAGGUUGGUGGUGGAUCGUCUAUCGGUCCUUUUCCUGCGUCUCCUCCUGUCCCUGCAGCGCCUACAGCACUUCCUCUGGUGGCUCCUGGAACUGCAUAUUGUCAAGAUUGUCUCCUCCUACAUCAUCUGGGUCUCUGUCAAGGAG